AGCAACAUGCGUCCACCAUUCCUUUACCGCGUCUUUUAUGAGACAUCGGCCACACUCUCGAGUUACGUUAGCAAGCAUACCCAUGUCAAGCAUCGAGAGCAGCCGAAGUUGAAACUGAGGGAGGGCAACGCAUUCCAGGCUAUCAGCAAAUUCUCUGCUGCCCGAGACUUGACAAGAGUACGGAUGGAGCGCCAUUUGCGAUGGCAGCAGAAACGGGACCCUUCGUCGUACAUAUCUGCCUUCAAUUGCAUUCGCUACGCAGUGAGGCGCGCAGAGUUUCACUCGAACCAUAGCCAACGUAUCGGACAACGUAUUUCGGUUGCAAAGAUAAGCACAUCGGGUCUUAUCGCAGCAACAGUCCGAGGAACUCUGGAGGAGACGGUGCUGACUACAUGGAAGGAUUCACUACUAGGAAAGACUGAGAGCGUCACUGUCACCACGCGCGAUGUCCAGAUCCCCGCAUGGGUGCAUGAGAGUGCCAUUCCAGAUGAUGCUGCAGCAAUUUCGGUCGAGCAACUGGCCACAUCCGGUGCAGUCAUGUGGCUUUCCAUCACCGAGCUCCGCCUCUCGAACCUGAAGGUGCCUGCCACUAAAGGCCAUGACUACGAGUGGCUGGCAUGCGGUGCAAUUCCAAAGUCGAACAUCAUUCGUAUUAUGCCAUUCGAUGGGACUACACUCCAUCAAGAGCAGGGACCCAAGGUCGUUCGAAGUCUGCGCAGCAGGGAGCCCUGGGUCUUUGAUUGGCAGCAGCAGAUGUGGAUCCUCCGUGCG